AUGUCAAAGAAAGAGGAAAACCUUGUUCUAUCUAUCGGAAUCUAUCUAUCUAUCUAUCUAUCUAUGGAUGUUUUAACCCUGUUCAAAUAUAUCUAUACGUUCUGUUCAUAUCUAUGUCGGUCUGUUUAUAUCUAUCUUCUUCAACCUACCUACCUAUCUAUCUAUUUAUCAAGACAUUUGUUGCCUCUAUCUAUCACAUUCUCUCGUGCCCCUGUAUUGGACAUCUAUCUCAUUCUGUUCAAAUAUAUCUAUCACAUUCUUUUCAUAUCUAUGCCAGUCUGUUCAUAUCUAUCUAUCUAUCUAUCUAUCUAUCUAUCUAUCUAUCUAUCUAUCUAUUACAUUCUCUUCAACAUCUAUCUAUCUAUCUAUCUAUCUAUCACAUUCUCUUCAACAUCUAUCUAUCUAUCUAUCUAUCUAUCUAUCUAUCACAUUCUCUUCAACAUCUCUCUAUCUAUCUUUCUCAGCCUGUUCAUUAUCUAUCUAUCUAUCUAUCUAUCUAUCUAUCUAUCUCUAUAA